UGUCCGUGUAGACGUCUAAGCCUGGAUGUAGGCCAGGCCCCUGGGGCUCCGUGGUGUUCCCAAGGUCCGACUUGGGGGCCGUGGCCACCCCCGAUCGCUGAUGGGAGAGAGGAAGCGCCUUGUGAUCACGCGCCUUGUGACCACCGCCGACCAGGCCAGCAGACCGGAGGGCAGGGUCAUCCCCCUCCCCUGUCCUCCCACCUCCACCCGUGGCUGGAUCUGAAGUCACCAUCAGCCCAGGCGGUCGGAGGGGAGGGGCUAGCCUAAUUGGACCCCUUAUAGGAGCGAGGGCUGGGGCCCGGCUGCCUGUGUCUCAAGCCGGAGGACGGGUGGACGGUCAGGAUGGCGUUGGGCUGGACAGGGUGGGGGGCCACAGUGGCUUGCGCUCUGUUGACCGUGGUGGCCGUGGAUGGCACCAGAAGCUGGGCUGGGCCAGGGGGCGAGAAGGACCUCGGUGUCUGGAAUCGGCAACUGUACCCAAAGUGGGCAGAAGACGGAGACUGGGGAGCCGACCGCUGGCAAGGUGGCCGGGUGACCCUGGAGGUCAGCAACGAUGGCCCUACCCUACGGGGUGCUCGAACCUCUUUCUCCAUCACUCUGCGGUUCCCCCAGGGCCAGGAGGCCCUGCCCGACGGGCAGGUGAUCUGGGCCCACAAUGCCACCGUCAACGGGAGCCGGGUGUGGGCCGGCCAGACCGUGUACCCCCCGCCUGCCCGGGACCCCUCGGCCUGCGUCUUCCCCGACGGAAGCCCCUUCUCCGCCGGAGCCCAGACCCGCGGCGCCUUCGUCUACGUCUGGAAGACCUGGGGCCGGUACUGGCAGGUGGUGGGGGGCUCGACGUCCGGGCUGAGCAUCGCCACGGCGGGGGCGACCCCGGGCCCCCACUCCAUGGAUGUCACCGUCUACCACCGGCGCGGGGCCCGGGCCUACGUGCCCCUCGGACGACAACGAUCGACCUUCCUCCUGACCGACCAGGUGCCCUUCUCAGUGACCGUGUCCCAGCUGCGGGACGUGACCGGGAGCAGCGGGCCCUUCCUGCGCAACCGACCUCUGACCUUUGCCCUCCGGCUCCAUGACCCCAGUGGCUACCUGACCGGGGCCGACCUGGCCUACACCUGGGACUUCGGGGACGGCAGCGGCACCCUGAUCUCCCGCGUCCCCGCGGUCACCCACACGUACCUGGCACCGGGCUCCGUCACCGCCCAGGUGGUGCUGCAGGCCGCCGUCCCGCUGCAGGACUGCGGUACCACCGCCCACCCUGGCACCAAACGCCCAGGCACCACGGCAGAGCCCGUGGGCAGCACGGCCGGGAGCGUGGCCACCGCGGUGCCCGUGGGCACCACGGCUGGGGGGGUACCAACGGCGGAGCCCACGGGCACUGAGGUGGGGAGCGUGACAACCGCGGAGCCCGCGGGCACGACAGCCAGAGGCGGGCCAACCGGGGAGCCCGCGGGCACCACGGCUGGGGGUGUACCAACGGCAGAGCCCACGGGCACUGAGGUGGGGAGCGUGACAACCGCAGAGCCCGCGGGCACGACAGCCAGAGGCGGGCCAACCGGGGAGCCCGCGGGUACCACGGCCGGAGGGACGCUGACUUCGGAGCCUGCAGCCAGCUCAUCUGGAGGGGCACCAACUGCAGAGCCCGUGGCUACCAGCACUGGAGGGGCACUGACCGCAGACCCGGUGGCCACCACUGCCGGGGAGCCUACCGCCAUGCCGGCCCCGGUCACCAGCCCAGCCAGCCCCACGGGGGAGACCCCAGGAGCCACUCCGAGUGCCCUCCCCGCAGCCCUGGCCCGGGUGCGACGCCGGGCCCUCCCAGACUGUGUCCUGUACCUCUACGGCUCCUUCGCCCUCUCGCUGGACAUUAUCCAGGGCAUCGAGAGCGCAGAGAUCCUCCAGGCCGUGCCUGCUGGCGACGGGGACACAGUGGACCUGACCGUGUCCUGCCAAGGGGGGCUGCCCGAGGAGAUCUGCCUGGAGGUCUCAUCGCCGGGGUGCCAGCCCCCGUCGCGGCAGCUCUGCCAGCCCGCCCUGCCCAGCCCGGACUGCCAGCUGGUGCUGCACCAGGCGCUGGCGGGCGCUGGGCUCUACUGCCUCAACGUGUCCCUGGCGGAUGCCCACAGCCUGGCGGUGGCCAGCACCCGGCUCCUGCUGCCGGGCGGAGCGCCGGGCCCUGGCUGGGCCCCAGUGUUGCUGGGCGCCAUGGUGGCUGUGCUGGCUCUCGUCCUCGGGGCCGCCGUGUACAGACGGGUGAAGCCAGGCCUGGGACCCCCGCGAGCCCGGCUGCCCGAGCACAGCGCCCUGUGGCUCUUCCUGCCCCGAGCCCUGCAGCCCGCGGGCACCAGCGGCGAGAGCAGCCCCCUCCUCAGCGCCCAGCCAGUCUGAGCCGGCCGACGAGCAGGCACCGCGCGGCGUGGCGGGGGACGACGGGACAGGGUGGAUUGGGAUGGGUGGCAUG